AUUCCAUGCAGGGUCUUUCAGAUACAUGAUCUUCUUCUGUCAGCUCAACUGAAACCCAGGAGGUUUCCUGAAGGUGAAACCAAGACCCUUCUACCUCUGAAGCCGCAUUCUGUCUAAGGUCCGUGUUUGGCUGUUUUGAGAGGCUGAGAGACAGGACGCCAAAAGAGUACCUGUCUCACAGGAUCUUUCCUGAGAGGAAUGGUCUAGCAAGACUGGUCAUUAUGGGCUUUGGAGUAACACAGGCUUAAUGCCACUGGCGACUCCGCCCCUUUUGGUUGUGGAAACUGGGCAAAUGCCUCAAGCUUCUUAACCUUCAUAUAAAAAGCAUAUAUAAGCAUAUAGCAAGUACUUGAUAAAUGUCAUUUUAGACCCUGUCAUUUCUGCUAGCCCUGGACUCCAGCAAGGUCCAUUUACAAUGGAUAGCUGACUAUCCAUUGUUUGAAUGUUGGUAGCACAUUUGUGAACAAGAAGAGAGGACAAAUAACAAGAGGUUUGGAACUGGAAGAAAUUCCAGCCAUCGGUUUUAAAAGACGAGGACCAGUCUUCAGAGAGGCCACCAGUGACACUCUGCUCUAAACUUCUUUUUGCCAAAAAAGUGCCACCCUCCAUCCAGCCCCCACCCCCAUCUCUGCAAGUCCUUACUGGCGAGAGGAGGAUACUUUUCUAAUUAAAAACUUGUGAUAUAUGGCCUGACAAGUAUUCUUAAAUGUAAUUAAGGGGACCAUAGUACAGAAUAUUUCCAUCCGGUUCUAGUUUAGCCAAUCUAGUAAAUGAUCCAAAGGGUCCCGUGCUUAGAGGGCAGUAAGACAGUAAAAACGCCCUAAGACUCCUCCCUGCACAGCACCUGCACCCCCACUGCCCAGGGGGCUGCAUCCAUCUCCACAUGACUCACCCUCCCUGUGCAACGCAUGGGGGUAGGGAGGGAAGCGCCAGUAUUAUCAGCCAUCAGCACCCUGGGGUGAACUGAUUAUCAGGACAACUAAAAACACACCUAAUAAAGCCUUGGAGACACAUGGCAAGCACCGUGAUGGACUAGAAGCGAUUUCUAAGCUGAAAUGCUGCUUUGAAUGCAAUGUCAGCUGGAUGCUUGGUGAGCAGAAAUAGACAAGGGGAAAUGGAGCAAGCGCGGCAUAGGGUUGAUGAUUUUCUGCAGAAAAACAACUGCGAAAAAGAACCUAUUUCAUUUCCAGUUCCCAUCACCGCGAUUUCCACAUGGAUGUGACGUGACCCCAGCUUCCGAAAUGCCCAGGUGUUGGAGAGCACAAUGGCUGAACAAGUCCUUCCUCAGGCUUUGUAUUUGAGCAAUAUGCGGAAAGCUGUGAAGAUACGGGAGAGAACUCCAGAAGACAUUUUUAAACCUACUAAUGGGAUCAUUCAUCAUUUUAAAACCAUGCACCGAUACACACUGGAAAUGUUCAGAACUUGCCAGUUUUGUCCUCAGUUUCGGGAGAUCAUCCACAAAGCCCUCAUCGACAGAAACAUCCAGGCUACCCUGGAAAGCCAGAAGAAACUCAACUGGUGUCGAGAAGUCCGGAAGCUUGUGGCGCUGAAAACGAACGGUGACGGCAAUUGCCUCAUGCAUGCCACUUCUCAGUACAUGUGGGGUGUUCAGGACACAGACUUGGUACUGAGGAAAGCGCUGUUCAGCACGCUCAAGGAAACAGACACACGCAACUUUAAAUUCCGCUGGCAACUGGAGUCUCUCAAAUCUCAGGAAUUUGUUGAAACGGGGCUUUGCUAUGAUACUCGGAACUGGAAUGAUGAAUGGGACAAUCUUAUCAAAAUGGCUUCCACAGACACACCCAUGGCCCGAAGUGGACUUCAGUACAACUCACUGGAAGAAAUACACAUAUUUGUCCUUUGCAACAUCCUCAGAAGGCCAAUCAUUGUCAUUUCAGACAAAAUGCUAAGAAGUUUGGAAUCAGGUUCCAAUUUCGCCCCUUUGAAAGUGGGUGGAAUUUACUUGCCUCUCCAUUGGCCUGCCCAGGAAUGCUACAGAUACCCCAUUGUUCUCGGCUAUGACAGCCAUCAUUUUGUACCCUUGGUGACCCUGAAGGACAGUGGGCCUGAAAUCCGAGCUGUUCCACUUGUUAACAGAGACCGAGGAAGAUUUGAAGACUUAAAAGUUCACUUUUUGACAGAUCCUGAAAAUGAGAUGAAGGAGAAGCUCUUAAAAGAGUACUUAAUGGUGAUAGAAAUCCCCGUCCAAGGCUGGGACCAUGGCACAACUCAUCUCAUCAAUGCCGCAAAGUUGGAUGAAGCUAACUUACCAAAAGAAAUCAACCUGGUAGAUGAUUACUUUGAACUUGUUCAGCAUGAGUACAAGAAAUGGCAGGAAAACAGCGAGCAGGGGAGGAGAGAGGGGCACGCCCAGAAUCCCAUGGAACCUUCCGUGCCCCAGCUUUCUCUCAUGGAUGUAAAAUGUGAAACGCCCAACUGCCCCUUCUUCAUGUCUGUGAACACCCAGCCUUUAUGCCAUGAGUGCUCAGAGAGGCGGCAAAAGAAUCAAAACAAACUCCCAAAGCUGAACUCCAAGCCGGGCCCUGAGGGGCUCCCUGGCAUGGCGCUCGGGGCCUCUCGGGGAGAAGCCUAUGAGCCCUUGGCGUGGAACCCCGAGGAGUCCACUGGGGGGCCUCAUUCGGCCCCACCGACAGCACCCAGCCCUUUUCUGUUCAGUGAGACCACUGCCAUGAAGUGCAGGAGCCCCGGCUGCCCCUUCACACUGAAUGUGCAGCACAACGGAUUUUGUGAACGUUGCCACAACGCCCGGCAACUUCACGCCAGCCACGCCCCAGACCACACAAGGCACUUGGAUCCCGGGAAGUGCCAAGCCUGCCUCCAGGAUGUCACCAGGACAUUUAAUGGGAUCUGCAGUACUUGCUUCAAAAGGACUACAGCAGAGGCCUCCUCCAGCCUCAGCACCAGCCUCCCUCCUUCCUGUCACCAGCGUUCCAAGUCAGAUCCCUCGCAGCUCCUCCGGAGCCCCUCCCCGCGUUCUUGCCACAGAGCUGGAAACGACGCCCCUGCUGGCUGCCUGUCUCAAGCUGCACGGACUCCUGGGGACAGGACGGGGACGAGCAAGUGCAGAAAAGCCGGCUGCGUGUAUUUUGGGACUCCAGAAAACAAGGGCUUUUGCACACUGUGUUUCAUCGAGUACAGAGAAAACAAACAUUUUGCUGCUGCCUCAGGGAAAGUCAGUCCCACAGCGUCCAGGUUCCAGAACACCAUUCCGUGCCUGGGGAGGGAAUGCGGCACCCUUGGAAGCACCAUGUUUGAAGGAUACUGCCAGAAGUGUUUCAUUGAAGCUCAGAAUCAGAGAUUUCAUGAGGCCAAAAGGACAGAAGAGCAACUGAGAUCGAGCCAGCGCAGAGAUGUGCCUCGAACCACACAAAGCACCUCAAGGCCCAAGUGCGCCCGGGCCUCCUGCAAGAACAUCCUGGCCUGCCGCAGCGAGGAGCUCUGCAUGGAGUGUCAGCAUCCCAACCAGAGGAUGGGCCCCGGGGCCCACCGGGGUGAGCCUGCCCCCGAAGACCCCCCCAAGCAGCGCUGCCGGGCCCCCGCCUGUGAUCAUUUUGGCAAUGCCAAGUGCAACGGCUACUGCAACGAAUGCUUUCAGUUCAAGCAGAUGUAUGGCUAACCGGAAACAGGUGGGUCACCUCCUGCAAGAAGUGGGGCCUCGAGCUGUCAGUCAUCAUGGUGCUAUCCUCUGAACCCCUCAGCUGCCACUGCAACAGUGGGCUUAAGGGUGUCUGAGCAGGAGAGGAAAGAUAAGCUCUUCGUGGUGCCCACGAUGCUCAGGUUUGGUAACCCGGGAGUGUUCCCAGGUGGCCUUAGAAAGCAAAGCUUGUAACUGGCAAGGGAUGAUGUCAGAUUCAGCCCAAGGUUCCUCCUCUCCUACCAAGCAGGAGGCCAGGAACUUCUUUGGACUUGGAAGGUGUGCGGGGACUGGCCGAGGCCCCUGCACCCUGUGCAUCAGGACUGCUUCAUCGUCUUGGCUGAGAAAGGGAAAAGACACACAAGUCGGGUGGGUUGGAGAAGCCAGAGCCAUUCCACCUCCCCUCCCCCAGCAUCUCUCAGAGAUGUGAAGCCAGAUCCUCAUGGCAGCGAGGCCCUCUGCAAGAAGCUCAAGGAAGCUCAGGGAAAAUGGACGUAUUCAGAGAGUGUUUGUAGUUCAUGGUUUUUCCCUACCUGCCCGGUUCCUUUCCUGAGGACCCGGCAGAAAUGCAGAACCAUCCAUGGACUGUGAUUCUGAGGCUGCUGAGACUGAACAUGUUCACAUUGACAGAAAAACAAGCUGCUCUUUAUAAUAUGCACCUUUUAAAAAAUUAGAAUAUUUUAGUGGGAAGACGUGUAACUCUUUGGGUUAUUACUGUCUUUACUUCUAAAGAAGUUAGCUUGAAUUGAGGAGUAAAAGUGUGUACAUAUAUAAUAUACCCUUACAUUAUGUAUGAGGGAUUUUUUUAAAUUAUAUUGAAAUGCUGCCCUAGAAGUAUAAUAGGAAGGCUAAAUAAUAAUAACCUGUUUUCUGGUUGUUGUUGGGGCAUGAGCUUGUGUAUACACUGCUUGCAUAAACUCAACCAGCUGCCUUUUUAAAGGGAGCUCUAGUCCUUUUUGUGUAAUUCACUUUAUUUAUUACAAACUUCAAGAUUAUUUAAGUGAAGAUAUUUCUUCAGCUCUUGGGAAAAUGCCACAGUGUUCUCCUGAGAGAACAUCCUUGCUUUGAGUCAGGUUGUGGGCAAGUUCCUGACCACAGGGAGUAAAUUGGCCUCUUUGAUACACUUUUGCUUGCCUCCCCAGGAAAGAAGGAAUUGCAUCCAAGGUAUACAUACAUAUUCAUCGAUGUUUCGUGCUUCUCCUUAUGAAACUCCAGCUAUGUAAUAAAAAACUAUACUCUGUGUUCUGUUAAUGCCUCUGAGUGUCCUACCUCCUUGGAGAUGAGAUAGGGAAGGAGCAGGGAUGAGACUGGCGAUGGUCACAGGGAAAGAUGUGGCCUUUUGUGAUGGUUUUAUUUUCUGUUAACACUGUGUCCUGGGGGGGCUGGGAAGUCCCCUGCAUCCCAUGGUACCCUGGUAUUGGGACAGCAAAAGCCAGUAACCAUGAGUAUGAGGAAAUCUCUUUCUGUUGCUGGCUUACAGUUUCUCUGUGUGCUUUGUGGUUGCUGUCAUAUUUGCUCUAGAAAAAAAAAAAAAAAAAGGAGGGGAAAUGCAUUUUCCCCAGAGAUAAAGGCUGCCAUUUUGGGGGUCUGUACUUAUGGCCUGAAAAUAUUUGUGAUCCAUAACUCUACACAGCCUUUACUCAUACUAUUAGGCACACUUUCCCCUUAGAGCUCCCUAAGUUUUUCCCAGACAAAUCUUUAUAAUUUCUUUCCAAAGAUACCAAAUAAACUUCAGUGUUUUCAUCUAAUUCUCUUAAAGUUGAUAUCUUAAUAUUUUGUGUUGAUCAUUAUUUCCAUUCUUAAUGUGAAAAAAAGUAAUUAUUUAUACUUAUUAUAAAAAGUAUUUGAAAUUUGCACAUUUAAUUGUCCCUAAUAGAAAGCCACCUAUUCUUUGUUGGAUUUCUUCAAGUUUUUCUAAAUAAAUGUAACUUUUCACAAGAGUCAACAUUAAAAAAUAAAUUAUUUAAGAACA